AUGAACAGUCCCGAGCGGUUCGUGCCGCUCCCGUCACCUGCGCUCAGGUACCUGGCAAAGCUGUCUUCAGUGGGGAGCAUCUCCGAGGAGGAGACCUGUGAGAAGCUGAAGGGCUUGAUCCAGCGCCAGGUGCAGAUGUGCAAGAGAAACCUGGAGGUGAUGGACUCGGUGCGGCGCGGAGCCCAGCUGGCCAUCGAGGAGUGCCAGUACCAGUUCCGCAACCGCCGCUGGAACUGCUCCACGCUGGACACCCUGCCCGUCUUCGGCAAGGUGGUCACACAAGGGACGCGGGAGGCAGCGUUUGUCUACGCCAUCUCCUCGGCGGGCGUGGCCUUCGCCGUGACCCGCGCCUGCAGCAGCGGCGAGCUGGACAAGUGCGGCUGCGACCGCACAGUGCAGGGGGGCAGCCCCCAGG